AUGUCUGACACCGUCAUCCACCUCCGGACUGAGACCAAGCCGCUGGAACACCGCAGCGCGCUUACCCCGACCACCGCGAAGAAGCUCAUUGACGCUGGCUACGUCAUCCACGUCGAGCGCAACCCCGUCGGCAGCGAGAUCGGCCACUACAGCACCAGGACAUUCGAGGAUUCCGAAUUCGAGGCUGUUGGCGCUGAAAUUAAGCCGUUGGGUUCCUGGAAGGAGGUACCCAAGUCUCACAUUGUGUUGGGCCUGAAGGAGAUCGAGGAGGGCACUUCUUCCCUCGGCCAUGUUUUCUGCCACUUCCAGCAUUGCUACAAGCAACAAGGAGGCUGGAGCGAGGCGCUGUCGAGAUAUGCUCGAGGACAGGGCACUCUUCUCGACCUUGAGUUCUUGCAACAUGAGAACGGCCGUCGUGUCGCUGCGUUCGGUUACCACGCUGGUUUUGCUGGCGCCGCUCUUGCCAUUGAAAACUGGGCCUGGCAACUCACCCACCCUGGCGAGGCUUUCCCCAGCGUCGAGAGCUACCCCAACGAGAACCUCCUGAUCGACGACGUUAAGAAGGCACUUUCUGAGGGCCAGUCCAAGGCAGGAAGGCUUCCUCGUGUCAUCGUCAUUGGUGCCCUUGGCCGCUGCGGUUCUGGUGCUGUUGACAUGUGCCUUAGAGCCGGCAUUCCGGAGGAGAACUUGCUGAAGUGGGACAUUGAUGAGACCAGCGACCCCAAACGCUCCAAGCCAUUCGUUGACAUCAUCGAGAGCGAUAUCUUCGUGAACUGCAUCUACCUCAACCAGCCUGUUGGCCACUUCGUCAACAUCGACUCACUGAAGGAGGCUGAGGCUCGCAAGAACCGCAAGCUUUCCGUCGUCUGCGACGUCAGUGCUGACACGACCAACCCUCACAACCCCAUCCCCAUCUACACCAUCGCCACCACCUUCGACAAGCCCACCGUACCCGUUGAGGGCCUCGAGAACCCGCCCCUGAGCGUCAUCAGCAUCGACCACUUGCCCAGUCUGUUACCCCGCGAGUCUUCCGAGGCUUUCAGCAACGACUUGCUGCCGACUCUGCUGGGCCUCAAGGACUGGCGCAACGACCCCGUCCUGUCCCGCGCCGAGAAGCUCUUCCAGGAGAAGGUGGCCACCCUGCCCGCCGAGUCCCUCGAGAACAAGGCCUAG